AUGGCGCGGGCUGCGCUGCGGCGCGGCGGGGUCGGGCAGCGCCUGGCGCGGCCGCCGGCGCUCGGAGGGAGGGCGGCGGCGGCGGGCUGGAGCGGCCCGGCGGCCGGAGAAGCGCUGCAGUACUGCGCCGAGCUGGUGCGGAAACGUGACUAUGAAGGGUUUCUAUGUUCUCUGCUGUUGCCUGCGGAAUCUCGAACAUCUGCUUUUGCCUUGAGAGCCUUCAAUGUGGAACUGGCUCAGAUUAAAGACUCUGUAACUCAGAAGACUACAGGUUUGAUGCGGAUGCAGUUCUGGAGGGAUGCCGUGGAGGGCAUAUAUGGUGAUAACCCACCACAUCAGCCUGUUGCUACAGAAUUGUGGAAGGCUGUCAAGAGGCAUAACUUGACUAAAAUGUGGUUCAUGAAGAUCAUAGAUGAAAGAGAGAAGAAUUUGGAUGAUAGGGCGUACCGUAACAUCCAGGAGCUCGAAACAUACGCUGAGAACACUCAGAGUGCUCUCCUGUACCUCAUCCUGGAAACGCUGGGUGUGAGGGACAUCCAUGCUGACCAUGCAGCCAGUCACAUUGGGAAAGCACAAGGCAUAGUUACUUGUUUAAGGGCAACUCCAUAUCAUUGUACAAGACGAAAGGUCUUUCUUCCUAUGGACAUUUGUAUGCUGCAUGGAGUUUCACAAGAGGAUUUCAUAAGAGGCAAGCAAGAGAAAAAUGUGAGAGAUGUAAUAUAUGACAUCGCCAGCCAGGCUCAUAUUCAUCUAGAACAUGCUAGAUCUUUCAGUAAGAAAGUUCCUGUGAAGGCGUAUCCUGCUUUUUUCUGUACGGUUGCUAUAGAUGAUUAUUUAUAUAACAUGCGAAAAGUGGACUUCAAUAUAUUUCAUCCAAGCUUACAAAAGAAGGGUACAUUAUUACCAUUGCAUUUGUAUAUUAGAUCUUGGAAAAAAACAUAUUAAAGUUUGUUUGAUUACUUUAAUAUG